GAUGUCCAACCUUAUCGUCCAGUGAACAAACCAACAUGAGAAGUUGUAGAAGAUGCAUUCGCGACUGCGAUGUUGAUGGUGAUGAUGUUUCUGUUGGAUUCGUUGGCAUCGAGUUUGGAAUGUUUAGAAUGUGGCCUUUCGGAUUACUGGGUAUGGAAGGUAACGAUACCGAACAUGGGGUGUCUGGUGUGUUUCCUGAACUAGUUGAAUCGAUGUUCGGACCAUCAAGUUUUAAUGAAGAAGACCACGAUGACGACACCUAUGAUGACGACACUAAUAAUGACGUCAGCGAUGAUGACGACGAUGACUCCAACAACAUGAACCCGGGAGGAAUGAGACCAAUGGGUGGGGGACCGGGAGGCCCAACAUCCGGAAGAGGAGGAUUUAGUUCUGGUGGACUUGGAGGAGCCUUGUCACCAGCUAUGAGACAAUGUAUGCAAGGAUGCGCAACUAACAACGCGUGUCUUACAAGAUCUCAAGCUUGGUCCGCAAUAAGAAGCACAACGACAGGGUGUAUUUCCUGCGUAAGGCAGCAAUGCGGCACAACUCAACCGCAACAAAUGAACGAGAUAUCGAGCUGUGUGAUCUCUGCUCGAAUCAACUGCCCGUCUUGUCCACGGCCUUCUACGGUGGAACAAAUGCAAAUGCAGCAAUGCCGCACUUGCCUUGUUAACUGCGUAAGGUCCAGUUCAGGACUGGCCUCUGCUGGUUUGGACACCUUUAGAAAGUCGGGGUGAUAUAUGCGUAUAACCUUAUAUCGUCGUAUUUGUGAUGCAUUUAUAUUAUAAUCGCGAUUUGGCCGUUCUUCUAAUUAUA